CCUAGCUCUCUGCUUUGCUUUCCCCCCCCCCUCACAACACUCUCCGAUCGGAGAAUUUUCGUUUCACGGCGACAAUAUGGGAUUUCCGGUCGGUUAUACUGAUCUUUUCCUCCCCAAGCUACUGGUUCACGUCCUCACCCUUCUAGGCUUCCUCCGGAGAUUCAUCACCGCGAUUUUCGGCUUUCUCGGCCUCGGCGAGUUCCUGGAACCGGAAAUGUCGUUUCCGGCCCGGGAGGAAUCGGCGGCGUCGGAGCUCCACUCGGUGUCGGCGGCGCUGAUCCGGGAGCUGCUGCCGGUGGUGAAGUUCUCGGAGCUGGUGGAGGCGCCCGAGAGCUGCGCGGUGUGCUUGUACGAAUUCGACGGUGAGGAUGAGAUCCGACGGCUGACGAAUUGCCGCCAUAUCUUCCACCGUAACUGCCUGGACCGGUGGAUGGACCACGAUCAGAAAACGUGCCCGCUGUGCCGGACGCCGUUCAUACCGGAAGAUAUGCAGGAGAGCUUCAAUGAGAGACUGUGGCUGGCCUCCGGGAUUUCCGAUUUCUACGGCGAUUAUCCGACGGUUGCCGCCGGUUUGUAGUGCCCGCAAUUUACUCGUCUUUUUUUUUUCCUUUUUUAUAAUAUAUAUAUUUUCUUUUAUUAAAAUAAUGUACAGAAUAUAUAUAUAUAUAUAUAACGGGAAAAAGAAAGAAUGUAGAAUUGUAGAGUUGUAGUUGUAAAUUUUGGAAAUAUGCUAAUGAAAUUCACAAUUACUUUUUUUUUUA